ACUUCACAAAUGAUUAUAGUAAAGUAAAAGAGAAAACAUAAAAGUAGAAAUAAACUAUGUCCCAUGCCACCAACAUUUUGCACAUUUUUCUCAGCAAUAACAAGUGUUAUUGAUUCUGUUCUUUGUUAUUCUCUUUAUAAUAAUUUGUAUGUUCUCUAACUACAUUAGUUACAUUCCAAAACAUGGGCAAGAGAGGAGCAAGGUUACCAGGUUUUUGCUUGAAUCGAAUUAGGCCUCAUGCGAGGGUGCGUUCGCCAACUAUACAAGCCAAGCAUGAUAAAAGUGAUGAUGCUAAAAUUGAUCAGAAAAUUACUGAGAAUUCAUGCAGUGUUUGCGAGGAGAAAUUUGACGAUGGUGUGAAACAAGGAUCCGUAGUUAGUCGGAAGAUUAUGAUUGUGAUUGAUUCUAGUUUUGAAGCCAAAGGUGCUUUGCAAUGGGCACUUACUCACACUGUUCAGAAUCAGGAUACUAUAGUUCUUCUUCAUGUCAUGAAGCCUUCUAAUUCUAAACAAGCAACUGAUGAUGAAGCUUCUAGUAAGGAGACAGAUCCAAGGGCUUAUGAACUUGCUUCAUCUUUCAAGAAUAUUUGUAAUGUCAAGAUGCCUGAGGUACAAAUUGAGAUUGCAGUAACAGAAGGGAAAGAAAAGGGACCAAAAAUAGUGGAGGAAGCAAAAAGACAAGGCGUGGCACUUUUAGUUUUGGGGCAGAAAAAGAGGUCCACAACAUGGCGUCUUCUAAUGAUGUGGGCUGGCAAUAGAGUCACUGGUGGAGUGGUAGAGUAUUGUAUCCAAAAUGCACAUUGUAUGGCAAUUGCUGUGAGAAGAAAGAGUAAGAAAAUUGGAGGGUAUAUGAUUACUACUAAGCGUCAUAAAGAUUUUUGGCUCUUAGCUUGAUCAAUAUAGUUAUGAUUCUUUGGAUGUUGGUGUCACCUUCAAGAUUUCUAUAAGUGAUUAACUAUAUAUGAUGUUGUUGUGUUUGUAAAAUCACAAUGUUUGUACAUAAUAAAGUUUUAUAAGAAAUGUAAAAGGAAUGAAAUUAUGAGUGGUUA